GGCUCUGUGGCCAUCAUGGGCUACUUCCUCCGUCUGCUGCAGCUUUUCUCCACCUGUGUGGCCUUCUCACUGGUGGCCAGCAUGAGCACUUGGAGGGGGGCCACAGUUAACUGGUCCACGUUCAUCUGGUGCUUCUGCUUCUUCAUGACCCUCAUCAUCCUCAUAGUCGAGUUAUUUGGGCUCUAGUCCCGCCUCCACCUCUCCUGGAACAGCUUUCUCAUCACCUGCACUUGCUACGCCACACUCUUCUGCCUCUCAGCCUCUAUCAUCUUUGCCAUCACCUACAUCCAGCUCUUCCCGCAUAGCGCCUCCCAGGUCCAAGCCAUCGCCACCAUUGCAUUUUCCUGCAUUGCUUCCAUGGCUUAUGCCACUGAGGUUGCCUGGACCUGGGCCAUGACUGGUGACUUAUCUUGCUAUUUGUUCACCUUGCCAGACCUGCUUAAGAGGCUGGAGAUCUUUGUGACCUGUGUCAUCUUUGCCUUCAUCAGCAGCCCCUACCAGUACCUGCACCGGCCAGCCCUGGUGUGGUGCGUGGCCGUGUACGCCAUCUGCUUCCUUCUGGGGGCCGUAGCUCUCUUGCUGAACUGGUGUGACUGUGACAACAGGCUGCCCAUUCCCUUCUCCGUUUUCCAGUUGGGACUGACACUGCUCUCCGUCCUCCUCUACACCAGCGCUGUGGUCCUAUGGUCGCUCUACCAGUUCAAUGAGAAGUUGGGCGGCCAGCCCCAGUGGUCCAGCGAUGUGAGCUGUAGCAAUAGACUCACCAGCGUGGUGUGCGUCUGGGACCAACAACUUGCUGUGGCCAUCCUGACAGCCGUCAACCUGCUGAUUUUCGUGGUCGACCUUGUGAACUUGGCCCGCAUUUUUUUCUUACCAGGUUCUGAGGCUCUGCCCAGGGGUCCCGAUUCCCUCUUGUUACUGGAAGUUUCUUUGCCUUGCUCCCGAAGCAUGACUGUCCCCUCAGCUGUGCCUUAG